AUGGGGCGUAGCAACAAUCAGCGUCGAAGAACCGCCAAGAUGCGCGGAAAGCCGUUCAUUCCUAAGACGGUGAAGAGCAAGGUACGCAACCAGAACCGCCGUAUUAAGAUUAUGGCGGCCAAGAAGGACCCACGGCUGCACAAGAAGCUUUCCUACGACAAGGUCCAAACCAAGUCGGGAAAGAUCACGCAGCGCAAGUUCCAGUCCGGUGGCUACAACAAUAGCGGCAAGUUCGGCAAGGCAGCUGGAGCGAAGCGGAACGCUGCGAAGGGGAAGAUAAAGUAG